AUGGUUUGGAAUUUUCGAUUGUGUUGUCGACUAAGCGCUCAACCCAGAAGAGUUAGGAACUUUCCUCACUUGGAAGGGAACUACGCGGAACAUGUCUAUCCCAGCCCAGUUUAUAUACCACCAGCACCAGGGAAAGAGAUGGCCUUAUUUUUUAACAAGCUAGCUUCUCUGGUGCCCCGUCUCCAUGCUGUUGACAUUGACGUCCCUCUCAAGUUUUUGCGCAAGGAUGAGCACAAGCUUGAACGGGUUGCGUUGGGUAGAGAGUUCCAUAUAAGUCUGGGAACAACUGUACCAAUCCGAGUGCACCAGGUUGACUCCCUGGUCACAAUGCUUCGGCAGAAGCUUCAGAUUCAGAGGCGGUAUGGUAUGGGUAUUGGAAGCAAGUGGGAGGUUUUUGUUAACAAUGAUCACACCCGGACCUUUGUGUCAAUAGAAGUUAUUGCUGCCGGGUUUGCUGAGAUAACAAAGCAGAUUCAAGCUGUCAAUGAGGUGUAUAAGCUUCACAAUCUUCCUGAAUUUUACAAGGUUAGCAUUGGUUAAUUGG